CAGAAAGCUUUUGAUAGUAUAUAUCAUAAUGGAUUGUGGUUCAAAUUAUAUAAACUAGGAAUUGCUGGUAAAACUCUGCGUAUUAUUCGAGACAUGUAUUCUAAAGUUAAGUCCUGUAUACGGGGGUGUAAGACGUAUUCGGAUUUUUUUGAAUGUUCAUUGGGCUUAAAACAAGGGGAAGUAAUUUCGCCCGUUCUUUUUUCUCUUUUCCUAGAAGACAUAGAGUUAUCUUUGAUUGACGGUGUCGACAACGGCUUCAAUUUAGAUGAGUUUACUUUUAUUUUAUUGUUGUUCGCCGAUGACAUGGUCAUUAUUGGUAAGAAUCCUGAGGAUUUACAAAAUCGUUUAAAUUUGUUAAAAGAAUAUUGUGUAAACUGGGGUUUACAAGUUAACCCAGAUAAAAGUAAAAUAGUUGUUUUUAGAAAGCGUGGGCCAGUUAGACGUAAUGAAGUUUGGUAUUAUGACAAUAAGACCCUCGGAGUCGUUGACAGUUAUAACUACUUAGGAACAGUGUUUAAUUAUACUGGUACAUUUCUAUCAAAUCAAGAAACAAUUGCUGGAAAGGGUCUUAAAGCUAUGAACGUUCUGCUAAAUAAUAUUAGUAAAUUAUCUCUUAAACCUAGUACUAUUUUGCAAUUAUUUGACUCAUUUGUUACGUCAACAUUAUGCUAUGCCAGUGAGAUAUGGGGUUUUGGUAAAUCAAAACCAAUUGAAAGAAUUCAUAUGAAAUUUUGUAAAUUGCUUCUUCAUGUAAAGACAUCUACUUGUAAUUAUGGUAUUUAUAGCGAACUAGGCAGAUACCCAUUAUAUGUAAACAGAUAUGUACGUAUUAUAAAAUACUGGUUGAAGGUUGUUAAGUCUGAUAAUAUUUUUAUACAAAGUUUAUAUUAUUCUUUAGUAAGUGAUAUUGAAAUGGGUAGAACGAAUUGGGCAUCUAACGUUAAACAUUUAUUGGAUAGUUACGGGUUUUCGUAUGUAUGGAUUAAUCCAGAUAUUGUGGAUCUUAAUACGUUCCAUAUUGUAUUCAAGAAUAGAGUGAUUGAAAACUUUGUACAAAAUUGUUACAAUGGUAUUAACAAUAGCAGAUGCUUAUGUUCAUAUAAGUUGUUUAAAACUACAUUUGGAUUUGAAAACUAUUUAGAUUUCUUAUCACCUAAACUUAGAAUUGCAUUUUCUCGUCUUCGCCGUUCAUCGCAUCAAUUAAGAAUCGAAUCUGGCCGUUAUGGCGCUAACAGGGUUGAACAUAACCAAAGAUAUUGUUUAUUGUGUAAUAGCGGCGAUAUAGAAGAUGAGUACCAUUUUAUUAUUAAAUGUCCAGUAUAUGACACUAUUAGGAAAUUGUAUAUCAAGCCAUAUUAUUAUCGUCGACCUAGUGUAUACAAGUUUACUCAACUAAUGCAUAAUACUCAACGUUCAGCUUUAUUGAAGCUUAGUAAAUUUAUUUAUAACGCUUUCAUAUUACGAAAAGGUCUUUCUGUAGCUAUACAGUAGGAGUUUAAUAUAAUAUGCUAUUGACAUUACCUUCAUGUUUACAAACAUCAUGAUCUGCUGAUGUAUAUAGUUUUAUUUAUAUCUGUAGCCGGAGCUAUGGUUACUUUGU